UAAAAACAAGGUUGUUGAUGGUUGCUUCAUAGUAUUUUUAUUUCAUCCAAAAUAGUAAAACAAAAUAGAAGUUAAAUAGGAAAAUUUGUUGGUCCUCAAGGAAAGGAUCUGUAUAAAAAACAUUGGGACGAAUUGGCGCAUAAUCUGAAUUCUCUAGGAUAUGGAGCAAAACGAAAACAAGCAAAAAAAAUGGCAGAAGAACUUUCGUUUGUAGUCUUAGGUCGAAAAUAUUCAUUUAAAGAAAAGGGUGCUGCAAUGAGAGCUUCAUUAUCUCGCACUGGGGGUGGACUUGAUGAUGUGAAACCACUGAGUGAAUUGAAACUGAAAAUAUUGGAUUUAUUAGGGGCAAACUUCUUGGGAUUGAAUAAUCCAGAAUGUGGUGUACCUGUGGGUGUAACUGUAUCCCUUGAACCAGAGUCCUGCGGAAAUAGUCUUGAUGAACCAUCAAAAUCAAAAAAUACAUCAUCAACAUCGAAACCACCUUCAAUAUCAAAGACUAGUCCCAUAGAGAUGAUAUGGAACCACCACAUAAGAGACAGAAAAUGGACUUCCACAAUAAAUACAGGGAAACCAUUGAAGAGUUAAGGGAUAUAAAAAAUACAAUAAAAUCUUCCUUGAGCCAUAUUUCUUUCAAUUUGAAGGAUGUUGCAAAUGAAUUGAAAACCUUGAACAAUUAUUUGCCACAGAUAACAAAUGUUAUAAUUUAAAUGAAUGAAUUUAACAAAAAUAACAGCUUCUAGGUGGGCAGGUGAUUUUUGAAUUAAGUACCUCUCCAGAACUGGAAUAGACAGCAGCCUUCCAUUUAUGUGAUUACAAAUAAAUGGUUUUGUUGAAUAAUCAGUAUUUCUGCUUUUUUUGUGAAAUAUCAGAGAUCGUUUUUAUUUUAUUGUUUUAUAAAGCUAUGUUUAUUUCAAGUUCGAAUGUACCUGAUUUUGUACUGGAGUAUAUCAUUAUGUUUAAA